AGCUGGGACAUUUACACCAUUCUCAACAAAGAGGAAGAUGUUUUUGCCAAGAGUGCAAGCCAGUGCAUUUAUCCGCUGAUUAACUUUGGUCUCAGAUAAUCAGCUUUAUCAGUUCGAGAAGGUAAUGAACAUUCUGUGAGUUUUUUUCCAUCAAGCAAGCGCGAGUGUUUCCAUCUCACUUCUUCAAAGUUUCUUCUGCAUCCCAAAGCCUAUAGGUGUAUCCGAGUCAGUCUAUCCUGGUGAUAUCUGUCAAGACAUUCUGGAGUCCCUGUCAGACAAAGUAUCCUGGUGCGUCUGCAUGAAAACCCAAAGGUGAUACUUAAGUGGAUAUACAGUUUUUCACUCAUCUCAACAAAAUAAAAACAAUUAACCCAAUCAGUGCUGCAAAAUGAUGCAAUGAUUUUCUUCAAGACCCUCUUCGUCUUUAAUCUCCUGCUAUUAGCAAUAGGGAAAGAUACCUUCUUUGUGUCACCACCACACAAGAUUCAUGCUUUCACAGGAUCUUGCAUACUGAUUCCAUGUGCAUUUAAUAUCUCUGAUUUUGAGAGUAAACUGACCACAUUUGGAUCAAUUUAUGCCAUGUGGAUUAAAGGGGGGACUCAAUUUGGCAGAGGUGAAUACCCAGUGGUUUUCAGUGGCACUACUAACACAACCAGGUUGCUUGAGAGAAUAGAGAUCACUGGAAAUCUCCAUCAGAAAAAUUGCACAACUGUCUUCUACAAUGUGAAUAAAACUCAUGCAGAUAAAUACUUCUUCAGAAUUGAGAUGAACAGCUUUAAAGUAACGUUCAAAGAGCCAUUUAAUCUGACUGUUGAAGAUACUCCACUGAAUCCACGGGUAUCAGAGUUGUCUGAGGUGUCAGAGGGGACAUCAGUGACUCUGACCUGCACUGCUGCUGCUCCCUGUCCCUCUCAGCCUCCUACCAUCACCUGGUCUCCUCCCACGGGGAACACACACACUCACAUACAGGAUGAGGAGAAUGGCAACAGAUCCCUCAUGUCUGUUUUGACCUUCACUGCUUCCCAUAGUCAGAAUGGGAGGAAUAUCUCCUGCUCAGCCUCUUACCUCAGACAUAAAAAGAGCCUUCUACAACGAAUCAGUAUUGUGCAAACAAUUAGAGUCCUGUUCUCUCCUGCAGAUGCAGUGGCCUCUGUGAGUCCUUCAGGUCCAGCAGCAGAGGGCAGUAGUGUGACUCUGACCUGUAACAGCAGUGAGGCCAACCCGCCAGUACAGAACUACACCUGGUUUAGAAAGGACCAGGACACACCUAUAGGAUCUGGACAAACCCUCACCUUCAAUCUCAGCUCCAGUGAUGAAGGACUGUACUACUGCAGGGCAGAACAUCCACAGGGGGGAAAGGAGUCUGCUGCAGUAACACUAGAGAUUAAAGCGUCAGGGCAUUUUCCACUCCCACUGGUUGUAGGAGGAAGUGUGGGAGGGCCUCUGUUAUGUGUACUGAUAUGGCUUGCUUUGAGGUGGCAAAAAUCCCAUCAGGAAAUAAAACCAGGUGGCCAUCGCCAGAGCUGUGACCCAGAUGAUCAAGGCCGUUCCAUUCAUGUCCGAGUUCCUCAACCUCCAGCUGAUCCUGAUGAGGCCGACUAUGAGAAUAUGGACGAUGCCGACUAUGAGGAUCCAGACGAGGCCGACUAUGAGGAUCCUGAUGAGGCCGACUAUGGGGAUCCAGACGAGGCCGACUAUGAGGAUCCAGACGAGGCCGACUAUGGGGAUCCAGACGAGGCCGACUAUGAGGAUCCUGACCAGGCCGACUAUGAGGAUCCUGACCAGGCAGACUAUGAGAAAAUAGACGAGGCAGACUAUGAGGAUCCAGACGAGGCUGACUAUGAGAAUAUAGACGAGGCUGACUAUGAGAAUAUAGAUGAGGCAGACUAUGAGGAUCCAGACGAGGCUGACUAUGAGAAUAUAGACGAGGUCGACUAUGAGGAUCCACAUGGACGGAGAUGAAGGACACCAGAGAGGGAGAGCAGGACCGGGGUCCAGGCAGAGAGUCUGAGCCGACGCAGAGAGCAUCAACUGCAGCGCAAUUUAAAUCUGGGUUUGACAUCUCUACUCUUUUUAGUGCUCUAAUACACCUGACUGUUGAUUAAUGACUUUCAAUAAAUAAUCAUUUUCAAUAAUCAUUUUCAAUUAUGAAAUGUAACAACAGUCCUGUGAUGAUCGGCAUCACAGCAUACAUAAGCAGUGUACAGAGGUACAUUUUAGAGCACUAGAGUGUAAGGUCAAACUUGAGAAGUGCAUACAUCAGUGUAGCACUUUAAUGUUUGCAUUAGGGCAAUGAUCGCGCAGUCGCCAAAAGGUUCUUGGAUAGCAGUAGCCAAGAAAAGUUGUGGAUUUGAUUCCCAGGUGCAACGUUGUCCCCUUGAGCAAGGCACUUAAACCCUGAGUUCCAGGGUGAGCCUCAUUACUAUUUUUUGUUAAAAUUGCUUUCAGUCAAAUACAUAAUAGUGACUGCAUUUGUCAUUAAUAAUUCGUUUAACUUUCUAUUGCAAUUAUGAUGAGCUUAUUAAGCCUUUCCUUUCCCAUUUCCUUUUUAA